AUGAUUAAGAAGAAAUUUAAGUUCGACGACCUCGACGUUGAGGAUCAUUUUGGCAACGUCGAUCCGUACGAGAGACCAAAGAAAGCAAAGUCCAGCAUCGCAUACGCAGGCAGAGACCUCAUCUCGGCGAUAUGCCAGCAUGUAGAGCUCGCCGUGGAAUUGGGCAAGCAUCUCAACGGAAAAGACGUGCUGAACCUGUGCCUCGCAAAUCGCCGUUUUUACGAUGCUAUCAACGGCUAUCUGCUCUCCAGUGUCCGCGCCUGGAUCGAAUACAAAGCCCCUGAAGCAGGCCGCGUCUUCCACUACCAGCUGUACGCAAAGCAUCUAGUUGACGAUCCUCAGAAGAGAACGUGGAUGGCCUUGAAUCAAGGCAUGACAACUUCCCCAAAGAAGGACAGCAAGGUCCGUAAGGUGCCUGGACUGAAGUAUCUACAGCUCGUCCUGGGCCGGGAUAAGUACUGCAGGGAGAUUCUCGCCAUCAUGGCUAGGUGUGGCCACAGGAUGCCAUCGACGAUGCAUCACUCGCUGCUGCGACUUUGGCUUCUCAUGGACGUUGCUACUACGCAACAAAGACAGGCCAUGCUGCAGAUGGCACACAUUUUCAAAGACACUGAUCUUUACAACAUGCAAAUGUUCUUCAUCAAGCUCGGCAUGCACUUCAACGACCCUGUUUAUGGCCCCUGCACAUUUGAUCUAGUUCAACUCAUGAUGGGCCAGAAAGGCCUCUUCAAACUCUGGCAGCUACUCACCCGCAAGAAAUUCAACAAGCUGGCCGACAUCCUGGAUCUCAAGCUACGCUACGACUUCAAUUUUGUCAGCGAGGGCACUUACUGGAUGGACCAUGGGCUGAGCCAGAUCCAGGGUAUCCCUCUUCACGAAGUCGGUCAGCAGCACAAAGAAGGCUGGGGAGCAGGUCGAAUGCAUCUCCUCCGUCCAGAUGAAGCAAUUCCAGUAGAGGCUGUGCGCAGAGGCCUUCAGUUAGACGACCAUCUGAGCCACAUGGUGAUCUGGGGAUACUUUGACUGGAAGACGGGAGAGAACAUUGUCCCUUCCCUGGAGGAGAUGUACAUUGAGGAUGAAGACGAAGUGCUUGCCAACGUCGAUACGCUUGAGCAUUGGAAGCCAAAGCACGUCCUCAAGAAGCGCUGGGAAGAACUCACGCCCCAGCAGCAAGAUGAAAUUCUGUCUGAUGAAGAAGACGAACGACUACGCGCUCAAGCCUGGUGCGGCACUCUAGACGAAGACGACGAUGCCGGCAGUCUGGAUGACUCGGAUUCAGACUCGGACGAAUCGCUCGAUCUCGACGAGGAGAUCAACCGCGGCUAUAUCGUGCCUCCGCAGCCCAAAGACCAUGAGUCUACCGUUCCAGGGGUCCAUGACACUCAAGGCUGGGUUAACUUUGUCAACCAGACGUUACUGGGAGGCAUGGUGCCCGACCUCGGAGGAGACGAGAGAUUGAGAGCCGAGGCGUGGAACUCGCAUCCCGAGCCUGAGCCCGAGCCUCAGAUUGACAACGAGCAGUUGCUGGACCAACAAUGGGCAGCUGCAUCUCUGCCUCAGGAGGAAGACGGAGAUGGUGGUGAAGAAGAAAGCCAAGAUGACGAAAUGGAAGACGAAGAAGACGAUGAAGGAGAUGUCGAGGAUAAUGACGACAUUGACGGCAACGACAAUGACCUACAGAGAAUCUACCAGGGCUUCCAGUUCCAACUCCAACCACCUUCUGAUACCCAACUCCCCUACUACUACUACCCUUUCGACGACGCACAGAUGGACCUCGAUCUGCAAUCCUUUAUGCCAACAUCCUCUGCUUCCGACUUACUAGAAGACCCUGUCGGACUCAACGAUGGGCAAGACGAAAUCAUGCAGGACGAGGAUGAGGGCCAGGGCUACGGUGACGUAUUUUGA